AUGGAUAUAACCAAAUCUCCAUCAAUCCUGGACGGCUGGGUCCAGCAUCUACAAAGCCAUGCCUCCACCAACGAGAACGACGACCCAUCAUAUUACGCUGAACUCCCCCAAACCCUCAUCUCGACUUCCCAGCCAGCCAAGUUCUCCAUCGGCACCGGCUCCCAGAUCCUUUCCAACGUCUUCUCAGACUGCCUAGCGACCAACCACGAGCUUAUAAUCGUGACUUGUUUCUGGGCAAAGUCCGAAUCCCUAGAGUCUCUAUCCUCAUUACUACUCAAGCUGUCUGCAAAAGCCGUUUCGCAAAGUCGCAAGAUCCAAGUACGCAUCUGUUUUUCGUCCCGCGGUCUUGCCCAGAAACUCUUCCAAACAUCGUCACUAGACGGAGAAAUAUACCCGCCCUCAUCAUGGCUUUCUCUCGGGCUACCUGACCCCGAAUCCCUUUCCGGCUUGGAGUUGGUUGUGAAAUGUGUUUUUGUCAGACCAUUCAGUGUCAUGCACCCAAAAUUCAUUCUUGUCGAUAGGCAAGUAGCUUUCAUGCCAAGUUGCAAUGUCAGUUGGGAGAACUGGUUUGAGGGAUGUAUUCAAAUGCAGGGCGAGAUUUGCGACAAAUUGCUUCAUUUUUGGGUUUCUUUUUGGUCAAGAGGCACCCCUCUUCUGCCUCAAUUCUCCAGCAGCACCGUGGCAUUAGAACGUGAAGCUGUUCCAGAAGGGCAGGAGCACUCUGAGAUAAAUAGAGUAAUGUUCUCUUCAACAUCACAACCAAUACCAACCAUCCUCCUGCCUUCACCUCACCGCUCAAACCCCAAUUUCCGACCUAUUGGGCUCUCUCCGGCUCAAGUACCGCCCACACCACUAAAUACCUUCUUACUGCAUAUUUUCGCUACAGCCAAAACCAGCAUCUUCAUCCAGACGCCCAAUAUCACUUCAUAUCCCCUCAUCGAAGCUCUAUGCUCAGCUUUAGCCCUCGGCGUGAACGUGCAUGUCAUUACAUCCAGCAGACUCAUGAUCCUAGAGCAACUAGUCACGGCAGGCACCAUCACCGAAUUCGAAGUUUGGAAGUUACGGCGCAGGUACAACUUCCUCCUCUCGUCUUACACUAACGCCUCAACCUAUGAUCCCGAGUCUCAGCCAGCGAAACCAGGAACUUUGAGAAUAGGAUACUUUCAUCCUAAAAUGGGAUCAGUGGAUUCAGAUGAGCCUGUGAAGAGCCAUCUGAAAUGUGUUAUUGUCGACGAGGAGAUCAUGGUGCUAGGAAGUGGGAACAUGGAUCGAGCAAGCUGGUUCACAAGCCAAGAGUUAGGAAUAGCAUUCUUGUCCCGCGAGAUGGCCAAAAGCAUCAAGGGAUGUAUUGAAGAGGGGUUGGAAGACAGGGUGGAUUAUGUUUCUUAG